GUUUGAUUAGCGAGUCACCUGUAUUGCAGUUUGUCACGUCGAAUGGAAAGGCCGGGUUGCAUGAUUAGCCAUGCAAGCCUGGUUGAUGAUUGCCAUUGCAUCAUUAUCAUCAGGAUCUAAACGGUAAUUGACUGAUUUUCGCAGCCGAUCGUAUCAUAGGAUAAACACAGAAUAAUCCAUUCUUGCAUCCACUCGGGAAAAGGAAAUACAUCACUCAAUAUCUUGAAGUUGCCGGCGGACAGAACUGCCUAUGACAGUGACAGUAUAUCACACAGGUUUGCCAAAUUAAAGUCGACAUGGUACGAAUCGUGUUAUUUCUUAACAUGCUUGUGUGUUUAACAACAGUAAAUAUAGUUCGAGCUGUGAAGCAAAGCCCCUGUGAGGAUGGCUACCAUCUCAACUACACCUUACCGAUGUUUGAAGUAUGUUCUAAGAGAGAACAUCCAGUGAUGGGUAUGUUACAGACCAUACCCAAACUGAUCCCGACCUUGUCACCUGCUGCGUGUUCUCAAAGAAACGAGAAUAAUGCAAUACCACCAGGGAAACGAGUCUGUAGAUUUUCAGACUGUUUAGACGAGCCAUGUAAAAACGGUUGGUGUGAGGACACGAUGACGGGUUUCGUCUGUCAAUGUAUCGCUGGAUUCACCGGGCAGAGAUGUUUGACUGAUACGAUCAAAAUUCCUGGCCAGACAACGUCACCAGCAGUGGAUGCCACCCUGCCAGAGGUCCACUCCUGUCCCCCUGACCAAACGUUCACAGCUUCUGUUGGCACUACUACCAAUUCCUUCACAUGGACACCACCAACAGCCACUGAUGCAGCGGGAAUUCAAUCCAUUGUCUCUGACCAUCAGUCUGGAGUUGUAGUCUUUGUUGGCAAUCCAAUCACAGUUACCUACACUGUGACUGAUAAUAAUGGACUGACUAACACAGACUGUUCUUUUACCCUCAGCGUCGGACAAGGAGCGGAUACAGACCCUCCAGUUGUCAGUGCAUGUCCCGCAGACAAGACAAUCACUGUUCCUGUUGGCACUACUACCAAUUCCUUCACAUGGACACCACCAACAGCUACUGAUGCAGCUGGGAUUCAAUCCAUUGUCUCUGACCAUCAGUCUGGAGUUGUAGUCUCUGUUGGCAAUCCCAUAACAGUUACCUACACUGUGACUGAUAAUAAUGGACUGAAUAACACAGACUGUUCUUUUACUCUAAGCGUCCUACAAGAAGCGGAUACGACCCUUCCAGUUGUCAGUGCAUGUCCCGCAGACAAGACAGUCACUGUUCCUGUUGACACUACUACCAAUAUCUUUAUAUGGACACCACCAACAGCUACUGAUGCAGCUGGGAUUCAAUCCAUUGUCUCUGACCAUCAGUCUGGAGUUGUAGUCUCUGUUGGCGAUUCAAUCACAGUUACCUACACUGUGACUGAUAAUAAUGGACUGAAUAACACAGACUGUUCUUUUACUCUUAGCGUCCUACAAGAAGCGGAUACGACCAUUCCAGUUGUCAGUGCAUGUCCCGCAGACAAGACAGUCACUGUUCCUGUUGGCACUACUACCAAUUCCUUCACAUGGACACCACCAACAGCUACUGAUGCAGCUGGGAUUCAAUCCAUUGUCUCUGACCAUCAGUCUGGGGUUGAAGUCUCUGUUGACAAUCCCAUCACAGUUACCUACACUGUGACUGAUAAUAAUGGACUGAAUAACACAGACUGUUCUUUUACUCUAAGCGUCCUACAAGAAGGUAUUGGACAUAUUUGUACUUCAUUUCAUAUAAUGAACUAUUUUUAA